GAGAAAGUGAAAGGGGUAUCUAGAUGGUGGAAGGAAGGGGGGGUUUUAAAAAUACAGGAUACCACUCCUCCGGCACAAGCGGCGAGGUGGGCAAAAGCUUUCUCUCCGGGUCGACACAGAAAGUUGCUCCUUCUCUGCGCGUUGGGGAUCGUUUGUUUUUUCUCGCCGCGGGACGCCGGCUUAAAACUUCAGAGGAGGCGAAAACUGCACGGAAGUCAGCAGGAGACCAUCUGAAACCAAAAUGAGGACCUUGGUGUCCUGGACAGCAGUCCUUCUAGUCGGUGUAACUGUCCUUGAGACCGCAUCAUCCGGUCUUCCUGGAUCGCUGGGCCGCGUAAGACCUACAGGUGUUGCUGGACGACGGUUUGCACUCCUGGGGCCGGACGGCGUCACUUAUUCCGGCUCGCCUGACGACCCGGACGACAAGUCUUCUGAAGAAGUCCCUCAGGGUAAAUACCCUGAUGUUCCCGAUUCGCCAAAACAACCAAAGCACCCUCAUAAGGAUAGACCACCACACGUUCCUGGAGGGCACCACACGAAAAACGGGAAUGGGCCGCACCACCAUCACCAGAAAUACCCUGAUAUUCCGCAAGGCGGCGAGCAUUCAAAGAACCCUCUAGAGGACCUCAAGGACCCUCAUGUUGCGUCCCCGACGGACGAGAAGCCCGACGUUGCGCUUCCCCCUCCCGGCAAAGCCCCAGAUUCACCCUCUCCUGACGGGGCUCCUCCCAAGCCUGACAACCAGGGGCCGCCCUUCCCGGCAGGGAAGACCGGUGACGAACCCGGUGACAAGUUGGUGCCACCAGGACCUGGGGGCGCGCCACCACCCGGUAACUUUCCAGGAGGGCCCGGUGGACCUAACGUUCCACCUCAAGGACCAAACGGAGUUCCUCCUAACUUCGGAAACAAUCCCAACGUUCCCUUCGGCUCCUUUCCGGGUGGUCCAGGUGGCCAAACACUACCAGGAUGCCCAGUCUGCCAGUGCCAAUGCCCGCAGUAUCCGCAAGGAGGAGGAGGAGGCUAUCCUUAUGGAGGCGGUUUUCCAGGAUUCCAAGGGGGAGGAUUCCCCGGCUACGGUGGUUUUGGUGGCGGAUUCCCCAACACCGGUUUUCCUGGUGUCCCAUACGGAGGAUAUCCCCAAGGUGGCUAUCCCCAAGGGGGUCCCCAGGGCCCUCAGGGACCGGGCUUCCAACAAGGAGGGCCCCAAGUGGUACCGGAAGGCUCAAACUUCCCCCAAGGUGGUCCGCAGGGACCAGGAUUUUCUCAGGAAGGUCCACAAGGGCCCAACUUUCCUCAAGGACAAGGAGUACCUGUUGAUACGCAAGUUGUCCAACAAGGACCUGGCUAUCCCCAAGGAGGACCAGGAGGACCACCACAGCUGGGACCUCAAGGGCCGGGCUAUCCUCAAGGCGGGCCUCAGGGACCGGGGUAUCCUCAGGGUGGACCUCAAGGGCCAGGCUUUCCCCAGGGCGGGCCUCAGGGACCAGGCUAUCCUCAAGGACCUAACUUCCCUCAAGGCGGUCCGGGUGGUCCCGACUACCCUCAAGGAGGUCCCGGAGGACCCGGUGGACCUCAGGGCCCCGGUGGCCCUCAGGGUCCCGGUGGCCCUCAGGGUCCUGGUGGCCCGCUUCCAGGCGGACCUGGACCCUUAGCGCCCGGUGAAGACAAGAAGCCCGACGGUCCCAAGCCUUUCGAUGGUGCUGGUCCCCCUCCGAGUGACAAGACCCCCGGUAGCUCAGCCAACAUUGAAACUCCCUCAGACGACAAAUACCCAAGCGAGUCACAGCAGGUUCCUACAAAGGUGCACCCUGACACGCCCUUGGGGCCACAUGACAAGUACCCUGAUGUUCACGACUACAACAAGCCACCGCACCACAAGCAUCCCGGCGUGCCAGUCCCUAACCAAGGUCCUCCACUGAACAAGUAUCCCCAAGAUGUGGAUGACUGUCCCUGUAGGCAUCAAAUUAAAGAGGAGCCCAAGAUACCGUUUGUUCCCGAACCCGCGCCUAAAUGCACCACGCCCGAUUGCCUUCCAGAAAACCCCCUUCUUCCCCAGAUUCCAGAGAAGCCUGUACUUCCCCCAAUUAUUGAGGAGAAGCCAUACGGACCACCGGAGGGUCCGCUUCUCCCUCCUCAAGUUCCCGAGAAGCCGGUGCUUCCACCAGUUGUAGAUGAGAAACCGUACGGCCCACCAGAAGUUCCCGAAAAACCUUACCCAGUGCUUCCUCCGCCUGUGUCUGUACCUGAAUAUCCGCCGGAAGUUGUGCCAAAAGAGCCACACGAAAAGCCAGUGCUGCCACCUGUUCUUCCUCAACCGAUUCCAGAGAUACCCGAUGUGCCGUACGAAAAGCCAAUUCCUCCCAAGGAAGUACCGUACCCUGACGUGCCCCCCCAGACGGAUGUGCUGCAACCGGAAGUUCCACCUUACCCGGAAGUUCCCAAGGGCGGCGAACCGGUGGUUCCGCCUGUCGUUGACCUGGACUUCAAGCCGUCGUCCUGGCAGUACGCACAGUGUGGAAUUCCCAAGAAGCAGCCCUCUCUUAGAGGAACAUUCCCUUGGCAGGCGACCCUCGCCAAGCAAGUGGACAAGUCCAAACGUUACUUCUGCGCGGCGACACUGGUCACCGCAAGGCAUGUCCUGGCUCCAGCCCACUGCGUCGCCAAGAUAGCAAGCACACCUGAAAUCCUCCUGGUUCAACUGGGCAACCUCCUCAAGAACGGUGAGAGGAACACCUACGGAGUCCAAGAGAUCGUUCUCCAUCCGUCCUACGGCCCGGACACCUACGCCAACAACCUCGCCGUCGUGGUUCUGAAGAAGGAAGCCAUCUUGGAUGAUGACGUCACUCCUAUCUGUCUUCCCGAGAACCAGGACCAGUCCUUCGACGAGUAUGACUGCUCUGCAACGGGAUGGCCCAACAGUGCGCUGAAGGUCAACCGCUACGACACCCUGCGCAAGAUCGGAGUGCCAACGAUGAGUAACGACGUCUGCCAGACCAAGAUAAAAUCUGAAUCUUCUCUCGGCAAGGAUUACGAGCUGAAGAACGACUUCAUGUGCUGCGCAAUGCCAAGCGGAAUCAUGAGCUUCCAGUCGUGCACGGGAGGCGGUCUGGCCUGUGUGCCACGUGGCCCAUCUGGAGGCAGGUACAUGUGCGCUGGCGUAGCCACCCUCAAGGAGGACGUGACCAUGGGCCCCAGCAUUGCCGGAAUGUUCCUCAGGGUCAGCAACCACAUCCCCUGGAUCAAGUCCGUCCUCGAGAAGGCAUACUAAAGCGACUCUCAUCUUUCGCACGUGGGUCUCGCACCACCCGAUUUUGCGGCCACGUGAAGCCAUCGUUAUUACCAGUAGCUGAGACUAUCGUCUUCGACAGCUGAAGAACCAUAGGACGUGAUCAAGCGUGGUCCUGUUGUCGCUCUUGAUAUUAGUACUUACGUUUGCGUUAUUCCUCGAGUCACAUUUUACUCGAUGUCAACAAUUUAUUGUCCCGAAUCUGGUUAGCAUUCUUAUUUAGUUUUAGAGCUUAAGUCGUUUUUUGACGCCACAUUUACCAGCCUUUAUGUUGUCCUUCUCAGUUGAUAGUGACUUUCUUAUUCUUGGUGCCUAUCAAGUUGUUAUUGUACUACGUGCGGCAAUUUAACGUUGACGUCUAGGUCAUCUACGUUCUACCUGUUAUACCUCUUUGGGGUGAACGUGUUGUGUAUUGGAAGGCCGAGAUGUCAUCUACAUACCAUCCAUACCAACACUAAGUAAGCAUCGGCUAAUAAUGGCGAAGAUAUCUUGCCCAAUUUGUUAAACAUUCAAGUGUUUAAAUAUGCCUUUAUUUAGAACUAUACUGCGUUUUAUAAUCAUUUUACAUCACAAUGUAUAGGGUUCCAUACACCCCGCAAAUAAUGUAAAGGACGUUUUGUUUGAAUUGACUUUGUGUCAGACCUGCUUUGUCGUUUGCAGUCGCAAGUACUGCAGUGAAUAUUAUAUUGUUGCUUCUGCGCAUUAUCCCUUUAUCCAAAGGUUAUGCACUAGCGCUGCGUUGCCGGAAAUAUUGUUCAAAGUACUAAAUUUAGUUUCGAAAACAUGUUACUACCACUGAAUCUCGUAUCUGUCACAAAACUGUUUCUGUGGCUUAAACGUAAGUAUUAGUUCUGAGUUGGGAUCGAUUUCUCGUCGGGUAACUAAUUUUACAACCGUUCCCUUUCAAGAAAGUCAACUCACAUGACAAACGUUUCAACUGACGCCAUUUUUAUUUUUGCUGCAGUUCGCCCUUUUAUACACGUUGUCAUGUCUGUCGCCAUCUCUGCUUUUAGACCUACUUUUAGAAGAAGGAUGAAAGGUUUGAUAUUUAUACCAGGGGCAGACGAAUACAAGCGUGCGAAGCCCUAAGGCGUGUUAUGCUCUGUCUCAAAAUAAGAUUAAACGCCCAUUCAUUUCCAGCGUGAUUUCAGCGACAUUCUGAGCGCCUCCCAUCAUAGAGUGAGGCUCCUCGCCUUUUAUGCAGACAAACAUUUUGCCUAAUUGAGCCCAAAAGGUUACAUGAACUGAAUCUGUGAUAUAUUGUUGAAGCGUACGUUGUUUAUGUACCAAUGGUCGUUGUGUAAUGUUAAACGUGUGAACAGUUUCACCCAGUCGCGUGUUGAUUGUGUUUUAUUUUUUCGUUUCAUUUUAUUGCAGUGCUACAGAGUUAGUAGCACUUCCCUCUCCCUUUCUUCCUUUUACAAAACAGCCGGCAAUAAAUGAUUCGGACGUA